AUGAAUGACAGCUCAACAUCUGAAAACAACAUGUUUCACCAGCUGGCAGCAGAUGAUCUGAAUGGCACCUGCGACUCUUCUUUGGCCACAUGUAUCAAUGGCACAGGUGAGGCAGCGUUGCAGCUGCCCACUUUCUCCAUGGCAGCAAAAGUAAGGGUGAUAAUUACUUUCACACUUUGCGCGGUCUCUGCAGUGUGCAACCUCGCCGUGCUGUGGGCAGCCAGCACCAACAACAAGCGAAAAUCCCACGUGAGGAUUUUAAUUAUGAACCUUACCGUGGCCGACCUCCUCGUGACUUUCAUCGUGAUGCCCGUGGAUGCGGCAUGGAACAUCACGGUUCAGUGGCUGGCAGGGGAUCUGGCUUGCAGAUUGUUAAUGUUUCUUAAGCUUGUGGCUAUGUACUCGUGCGCUUUUGUGACUGUGGUCAUAAGCUUGGACAGGCAGUCGGCCAUUCUCAACCCUUUGGCCAUCAAUAAGGCUAAGACGAAGAAUAAACUCAUGCUGAGCGUGGCCUGGGUGAUGAGUGUUGUCCUUUCUGUCCCCCAGAUGUUCCUGUUUCACAAUGUGACCAUUACAGUGCCUGCCAACUUCACCCAGUGCACCACUCGUGGUAGUUUCGUCAAGCACUGGCAGGAGACCCUCUACAACAUGUUUACCUUUAUUUGCCUGUUCCUCAUACCACUGGCCAUCAUGAUCUUCUGCUACACGAGGAUCUUGGUGGAGAUCUCUAGAAGAAUGACCAAAAAGAACAUAUCUUCAAAGGAAGUCCACCUACGGCGUUCAAACAGCAACAUCCCAAAGGCACGUAUGAGGACUUUGAAGAUGAGCAUAGUCAUCGUGACAUCUUUUAUUGUUUGUUGGACCCCCUACUACUUGCUGGGUCUCUGGUACUGGUUUCUUCCUGAUGAUUUAGAAGAAACCGUUUCUCACUCUUUAACUCAUAUUCUGUUUAUUUUUGGCCUCUUGAACGCCAUUCUGGAUCCCAUCACUUAUGGCCUGUAUACCAUCCAUUUCCGCAAAGGAUUGAAACACUACUGUCGCAACGCCAUCGUACUAACAGAGUCAGAGAAUAACUCCAUCAUGACCGGCUCAUUGAAAUUCUCCCCGUCCCCUUUUCGCAUGAAGAGAGUGACCCAGACCGGUCCAGGAACUUACCCAGAGGAGAAUUUGGUUGGUGGAGGAGAUAAAAAGCCACAAGACAGUCAAAAGAAGGAAUGUACGCCAUGAAUGUACGAUUUGAUUAUUGAGAUACGGAUGUGACAAGGUAGGCCAUGUACAGGCUGUCUAGGUGUCGUAAGAAUAAUGAGACGACAACCAUACCUGCCUGUUCUUCUCAACAGCAUGUGACAGAUUCAAAUUGAACUCAUCCAAGUGCAUCCCGUUUCUUUGUUCAUUAACUGAUGAGCUGCUUCAAUUGCUCGCGGCUAUAUUUAAUACCUAUCAAUUUUCAUGAUACAGGUGAUUAAUUUUGCCAAUCAUUAUUUCAAUCACAUGUUUAUUUCCGCAGAUUAAUUAGACGGUCGCUACUUCUAGCUUUUGUUGAAAAUGUCAUUUACAUCAAGGUAUGUUUUCAUUUAAUAAAAAUCCAAACAGCUCAGCUUCUUCAUCUGCUUUUGCAAAGGGCAUAGCUCUCGAAUUGAUUGUAUGUAAGAAAUAAGUUUUUACAAAUGCUACUACAAAUGCAAAUGAAUGUACAUUUGUUCUUGGAUAAUUUUCAGGUGUUAAUUGGCACCUUACCAGGCAUCUUCAUCCAGCCUCUUGAGAAAGCAUUGUUUGAUGUAUAGAGUUAUUAUUUGAUGGCUUCUGAAAUACUAACAAGCCUCGAGAGAGCCUGCGGAGAGAUCCUGAGCUGCUAUUACUGGGGCCAAGUAGUACGCACUUACAAUGAUGUCCGUUCAGUUUCAAUUCAGGCUUAUCAAACACAAUGAGGACUAUUUAUCUUGGCUCUAUAGCUUUAAAAAUAUACUUAGUUGAUGCAUUAGUAGAAGAUAAGGAAUGAGUGUUAUAUACAGUACAUCAUAUUUCUCAGGGACGGUGCUUCUUUUGUCACAGGGUAUUGAAGUCCAACUGGAGACUGACAAACUGUAAAGCUUCCUUUUUAUUUCAAUGCCAGGUAAAUACUGUGUUGUGUCUUGUCGAUAUGUUUGAUGUGUGCUGAGUGACAGUGGUUGAACGUGCUUAUAAUCAGAUCCAUUAUUAUCAUUGUAUGUUUGAGAAAAUGUUUGUGAGACAGCCGAACCAUGUGACAUUUAGUGGUGCUUUUUGUGUUUGUCAUGUUAAAAAAUGCAAGAAAAUGCAAAGUGGUGUGUCUCAUUUUGUCAAAGUGAGUAAAGGAACAUGUAUGUAUGUGUUUACAUCCGUCCAUACAUAUACAUACAUACAUACAUACAUAUAUGGUGAUCGCUAAGUGAACCACACAUGCAAUUUUAUUUUCUAAGAUGGAUUUAAAUGCAUACAAAUGGAUAUAUUUCAUGUAGGAUUAAUGCUGCCUGAGACAUUGAGGCAGAACGGCCUGAUGUUUCGGCAGGGGAUUUAAAAUGUAUUGUUCAAAAAAUAGAUAUCUUUAAAAGAAGAAAUAAGGGAUGAAAUACAUUAUUGCAUUAUGAUGUGAAUAUUUAUAAUAUGAACUGUUCAAUGUAAAAAACUUACAAUGUAAAGCUUUUAUUUAAAUGCAUGAAACCAACCAUGUGAUUAUGAGAAAAGAAAGAAAGAACAAGAUGUUAUGGUCUCCUGUUUUGCAUGAUUUUUUGGUGAUAUUUUUAUAUUUGUUAUUUACAUUGUUGUGUAUGUUUUGGGUCAUGUGUUGCA